CGACGUGCUCGCAGAAGUAUAAAUCAUCCCUCAGUGCCUGUGUUUACUAAUCAGAAUGACUGAAACUGUUGUAAUACUCGUGUAAUUGUGUAUUGAACUGCGCGUUAAACGUCCCACAUGCCCAUUUUUUAAAUUCAUGCACUCUCGAGAACUUCCUCCAAAUAUUUCAAAUGUCAAGAAAUGUUAGAAUAAUAAGGAACACAAAUAUAAAUGUCGUGUCCUCCGACGUGCUCAAAAAUUCCGUCUUCGUUUCUUUUCCUCACACACGGAGGAGCUAGAAGAAAGGAAGUGAGCAGUGCUCUGAGAGAGAGAGAGAGAGAGAGAGAGAGAGAGAGAGAGAGACACACACACACACACACACACACACACACACAAAAUGGCGGGCGAUUCAAAAGAGCAACACCUCUCUCUAAGUGUUUACAGCAGCCUCCGGAAGCUCUCCUGUCCCUCUGUGGACGGUCUUUACCUGAGAGAAGCGGGCAGCAUGCAGGAGCUCCUCUGCACUCCUUCAUUGCACCGCAUGGACAUACUGAAAUGGAUUUGUACCAGAAUCUGCCCAUCCCUGAGAGACAAGUUCUCAACAAUCAAAUCGUCAGAGACCGAAGAAGUGGCAAAAGAAAUCACACAGUUUGGCCAUGAAAUGCUGUUAUGUAAAUCGGAUGACCUGGAGUUAAUCAAGGGCUUUGCCACACCAUUACGGCAGCUUUUGUUUUUGGAACAGCUUUUAAUGAUUGCUGGACAGCAGGACACAUCAUCUGAUGACAUGUGCAGUGAGUCUUCUGGAGGUGGCAGUGUGACAAAUGAGGAUCUCCUGAAGGAGCUGAUGUCACCUGACCACCUAACUGAUCUGAUCCAGCUGAUGAAUCCUGUGUGCAAUCCCUGGUCUGCCCACAUCCAGGAAUACUUAAAAGCAACACAAUCAACUCGGGCUAAGCCAAACAGCAGUAAAACCGAUGAGAGUCAUCAUCAUGAUUCAGGAUGUGGUAAGCUUAGUAAUGACAACAUAGCUGAAGCAACUGCUUUGUUGCAGUCCACUCGGUGUACAUUGGAGGAGCUACGUAAAGAGUGUGAGUUCCUGCAGUUGGAAGCGUCAGGCCCUGCAGCCUCACUGUCACCCUGUGCUUUAAAAGUGGCUAUAUCAGACAUGGCUCAGCUUAUGACUGCCUUCAGUCAGGUCUACAACACAGACUUCAGGGGUUACUGCCAGAGAGCACCUCCUGUCCUUAAUCCGAACGCCUGUGUCUUCCAGUCUGUGCAUCAGCUCCUGCACCACUGCAAUAUGGAAUUAGAAGCGCUGCAGCAGCUGUCCAAAACCUCAUCCACUCUAACUGGGAUUGUGAAGCAGAUACAGACAGACAGGCGAUUUUGGGCCAAUGGAGAGAAACACACACUGCCCAGCCAACUGGAGGCCCUGAAGAAUAGAUUCAGUGCUUUUUUGUCUCCUCACCAGUCAUGAGAUUUUUAUUGUUUCAGCCUGAACAUGUGUUGUACACUUACUCAUCUGUCUCAGCUUCAGAAUAGUCUUUCAGAACCUGUUUCUACAGUUUCCCCAAUGUAUUUCCCUCAUGUAAAUAUUUAAUAUUAUCUAGGCCAUCUGAUUUGACUAAAAACCCUAAAUUUAUAGUAAAAUACCAAACCUCUGCUGUAAAUGUAAAUAAAAAUAAAUAAUUUCUAACAAAUAA